UCAAUAUUUGAUGUUUAUUGUGUGAAUUAACAAACCAUAUAUGAAUGAUGUGAAUUUUAAAUUUACGAAAAAUAAAUUAAAUUAAUAUUUUCAAAAUUAUCAUCAGAAUAAAAUAAACUAAAUGAAAAUUGGAAAAAAUGAACAUUUUUAACGACAAUAAUAAUGAUAAAGAUUCGUCGUUUUCCAAAUCUCGUUUUCAAGUGACAGCAAGGAUCGAUAUCGAAUCGGCAGUAGAAGACUUAGUCGAAUUUCGAACACCAACACCUUUUACAGGAAAUGGUGGAAUUUGUGAUCAAGAUCAAUCUAAUGAACCAUUAGUUGGAUUGGAAGAAAAUGGCAACAAUAAUACUGUCACUACAACAUCAUCGUCAACAAAUUCAUUUUAUAAUACAAUUUAUAAAUAUCGAAAACUCAAACAAGGUGGUAAUUCUUUGGAUACAGUUUUCUAUCCACCACCUAAUCGUCGACUAUCAAUCUAUCCACAUUCGUUAGUGGGCGUACCAUUCUAUAAUGAACGAAUUUUAGUAUAUAAUUUUCUUCAAAGACCUACCGGUGCUUGGGCAAUCGGCUAUCAUGUAUUUGUUUCACUAGCAGUUGUUUGUUGUCUCAUAUUGACAAUUAUAUCGACUUCUUCAACUGAAUUUGGAAAUUCUCUGGCCAAAACACUCAAUACAAUCGAUUAUAUGAUAGUUACAUUCUUUAUCGUGGAAUUUUUAGCACGUAUAUGGUCGUCAGAAUGUGUUUCUUAUUAUCAAGGAUGGAAAGGAAAAAUUCGUUUUUUCAAAAAUCCAAUCCGAAUUAUUGAUCUUUGUGUCAUAAUAGUUUCAUUAGCAGUGUUGAUCUCAAAUAUACAUGGCGAAUUAUUAAUCACAUCGCUACGAGGUGUACGUUUUAUACAGAUAUUUCAAAUGGUUCGAUUGGAUUUUAAAUUCAGGCCAUGGCGUAUGAUGGCGUCCGUCGUUUAUUCACAACGAAUUCAUUUGGCCAUUGUAUUCUAUAUGGGGUUCUUAGCCCUAAUACUCAUCUCAUUUGUAAUAUAUUUUGUUGAAAAAGAUCAAAAUAAAGAUUUCGAUAGUCUGGCAUCAUCGAUGUGGUGGGCGGUUAUCACUUUAUGUACGAUAGGCUAUGGUGAUAUGUAUCCAAUAACAUCAACCGGAAAACUAUUAGCAUGUAUUUGUUCGCUAAUAGGUGUUUCGAUAUUUGCUCUACCUGCCGGCAUCCUUGGAACUGGUUUGGCUCUCAAGGUACAAGAGCAACAACGACAACUAAAAAUAAGCAAACGUAAACAACCAGCAGCUCGUCUGAUACAAAGUGCAUGGAAAUUUUAUGUCGCCGAGCAAGAAUUGAUUCGCAUAUCGAAUAGCAGUAAAUAUAAUAUUGGCAACGGUAAUACAUCAUCUACACUAAACUGUUUUCGAUCAGUCCUUUGGAAAAGAUUCGAAACAAGUAAAAAUAAAUCCAAAACAUUGACUUGGAAAGAAAUGAAUGCCCUUUGUUUUGUAUUUUCCGUUAAAUUUUGCAUAUCAAAAAGAGAUUUUGUCAAAGCCUUCAAACCUUAUGACAUAAAAGAUGUGCUCGAACAAUAUGCUGCUGGCCAUGCAGAUAUGUUGGCAAAGAUACGAAUAAUGGAUAAUCGAUUAGAAAAAAUUCAAUCCAAUUCGAUUUCAGCUAAAGGACAACAUGAAAUAAGGUUACGUUUUCUAACACAAUUAACCAAACUUGAAUAUGAAAUGCAAAAAAUACAAAUCACUUUAAAUGAUUUGAUGCACUAUCAAGUCAAUUCACGGUUGAUCAUCGAAAAUCUAUUAAAAUAUAUACUUGAUCAACAAAGUACAUUGAGAUGUUUUUCCAAAAAUCGUUGCCGUUUCGAUAUGAACCAAACAAUGAAUGUAUGUAAUGUUUGUUCCAAUACCAACAAUCGAACAACUCAAUUAUUAUCACAAUUUCAUAAACUUAAUUUUGCCGACAAACUUGAAAAAAUAUUUCAAACUUAUAAUCAAGAUGUAUUGUUACAUGUUAUUGGUAAUAAUAAUAAUAAUAAUAAUCAAUGUCACAGCCAUUUUUGUUCAAAUUCACAACAGCAAAUCAAUCAUGCUCAACAACAGCCAACCCAAAGGCGGCUUUCCUUUUGACACGCCUAUACUAUUAUUAUUUUGUAAAUUUUUAUUAUUUUGUCUUUUUAUAAAUUAAAUUCAUUUUUUACACACAUAUAUAGUUCUUAAUUUUUU